AUGGUUUUGACAAAACUACCGCGGCGGUCUUCUACCGUUAAAACUGUCUCGACUACGAAUACCGCCAAAAGUGAUGAUGAUCCUGCUCUCGAGGCCGAUAUGAGUAACAGUUCCAAAGUUCUAUAUAACCGGCUACAGGCCUGGAAACAUGUGUGCGGAUACCUCGAAAACUACAUUACUGCGACCCACAAAGCCCACGAGUCCCAGUCGAAAGAAUUUGGAAAGAUUCUGAAGGCCUUACCAGAACCUCUGGAGGACGCGUCGCAUUUCAGCGAGGGCAAGGGAGGUGUCGUUGGUCUCUUUGAUAACCUACGCACCAAUACCGGGGCAAUCGUGGAUUUACACCGGGACACGGAGAAGAACUUGGAAAACCUCGUUCUCCCGAUUCUCAAGCAGCUUCAUCAAGAGAUCAAAUCCAAGGCCGAAGGCGUCGAACAUGGUGCCGAAAAGUGUGCAAAGCAGGUCAGGAAAGCCACUGCUGCCACCCACAAACAUAUUGAAAUGCUAGGGAAAUACACAGCUGCUUUUGACGUCGGAGGCAAGCUAGAGCCUGCGCACGAUCCCUACAUUUUGCGGAGAGGCACUAGUCACCGCAUGAACAGACAGGUGGCCGAAGAAAACAAUUAUCGGGAGGAGAUGCUGCAGGUUCAGAAUUCCCUUUCACUUUUCGAAUCCCAUAUUGUUAAAACGAUGCAGGCUGCACUUCUCCAGUUUUCCAACUGCAUGGGAGCCCACUCUGGCAGCGUAGGCAAACUGUAUGCAAACAUGGUCGACACAGCGCAGCAAAUCCCCGACAAUUUCGAAUGGAUGAACUUUUCCGUGCGCAAUGAAGAAAUCCUGAUCAACCCCGACAAGCCUGCCCGUACCAUAUCCGACGCCAUCUUCCCCAACCAAGCGCACUCCGCCACCAAAGCGCUAAUCGAAGGCACACUCGAGAGAAAAUCCCGCGCAAUGAUCAAGGGAUACAGCCCAGGCUACUACGCUAUUUCCCCAGCCGGGUACCUACACGGUUUCAAAGACAACGAUGAUUACAACCGGGAGCCAACAGCGGACAUCUCGCUCUAUAUUCCCGAGUGCUCCAUCGGUAGCGGCGAUGGCGUCAAGUUCACCAUUAAGGGUAAAGACGUCUCAGGCGGCAAGGUCGGACAGGCAUUCUCCACGACGACUGAACUCACUUUCAAGGCCCAUUCCAAGGAAAUCGCGGAAGAUUGGCUCGAUGUUCUUACCAAAUUGGCUAACAGGUCUGGGCCUGGGUCGGGCUCUGGGGCGGUCAGUCAGACCACGAGCCCAGCUGUGAGUAGGACUACAAGUGGUGCGCACGGGAUUCCUCCGCCUGUAGCUCAACCAGCUGCAGAGACGACGGAAAUACCCCCAGCACCUACCGCGGCAACAUCACAGCAAGAAGAGGGGACCAUAGCGCCGCUAGUGGAUGCGGGUAGACUAUGA